AGUGAAUUUGUUUACAAUAUGGCGAACGAGAUACCUUUGAACUUGAAUUUACCAAGUAAGCCAGGCAUUCUUUCAGGCUGUGAAGAGGAGCUGAUCUGCUUACUGACAGAAGUAGACUUAGCAGUAAAAGAAAAGCACCAGGCUUGGGAAAAGCAGUUGCAGGCUGCUCACUUAAAGGUUAUUUCACUGGAGAAGAAUAAUGAAAGUCUUGCAAAAGCUCUGGAAAAUGCAUAUCAAGAGGUAGAAUCAUUUAAAGAAACAGUUCAUCAAUUGGAAAAAACACAGAUUGACUUAAUUAACAAUUAUGACAAGCAAGUAAAUGAACUAAAGCAAGAGAUAUCUAAAGUAAAGAAGUAUUAUGAGAAACAUGUGAAGAAAGAAAAGAAAAAAGCCCAAAAAGAAGAGAAUUCUGAAAUGAUACAACUGAGAAAAAUUAUUACAGAAUUAGAGUCACAAAUUAGCAUCCUUCAGGAAGAAAUAAAGAAAAGAGAACUUCAGCAGCAGCAUGCAGAAGCUAGUCAUGAACGUCUAUUAGCAAUCAUUACAGAGAUGGAGAAAACUGAAGAACAAAAAGAUAAUGCACUAAAGGAUGCACAAAGUAAUGUGAAGCAUUUAUUAGAAGAAAUUCAAAGUCUUCAGAAUACAGUUGAACAGAAUUGGCCACCAGUGAAGCAUCCUGACUUGAAAUCUAUAAUCUCUACACUGACAGAGGAUUUUAUAAGAGAAGAAAAUGCCUGUUUUGAUAAGUUAAAAGACACAAUUACCCAAGAAAUGAACCAGUUAGAACAGCUGCACAUGUCUAUGUAAAUAGUUAGCAUAUAGAUGUUUAUCAAAAUCAUUUCUAAUAAAUGUUAAUAUUUUUUAUACAAUGAAAUCUUGGUAAACAAAAGACUUGUUUUCCAAAUGAGAAGUGUAUGUUUCUGAUUGUAAAUCACCCAAACUAAGCUUCAGCUUUCUCAUAUACUUCAGGGUAAAUACAGUAGUGUAUGUACUUAUCUAACUAAUUAACUACUUCUUUGGUUUAAAUUGUAUUAAUUGUUUGAAGUACAACAACAACAAUUUUGUAGUCUUUAAUUCCUAUGCUUCUCUUAUUAAAGGUACAAAAUAGUUAUUAAGAUAAACUGGCAAAGUGUGUAACAGUUUUAUUCCGUUUUGAUUGUCAUGUGUAAAAGAUGUUUAUGGUAGGAUAUCAUUGGAUUACUACAUGCAAUAUAUGAGGAGUUUUCCUUUAAUAUUCACGUGAAUGAAAACAUUUAAAUUGUAACUUAAGUAUUGUAGAUACAAGUCAUGUAGCAUCCACAUAAUGCCACUCCCACUAUUACUUGUGGUUUGAAACUCAAUCUGACGGGGGUUGUGAAAAAAUAAGAUAACUGAACUAAAGUACACUAUAAAGGAUUAACCUACCAACUAUUUCAUUUCUAAGCAGUUCUUUUGUAUAAGUAAUAACAGGUGUAAAAAAAAAUUUAACAUUAGGAUACCCACUAUAAUAAAAAUACAAUUCUCAGAUAAGAUAAAACUGUUUUCAGACUAAACUGGAAGUUUAAGAAGUAUAUUGGAAAUGCAAAAAUAGCUGAAAAUUAUAAUUAUUGUUUUGAUAAUGACAACUAAGUGUCGCUGAGUUAUAAGAUGUAUAAAUAUGGAUUUGUCUAGUCCAGUACUACCUCUAAUUUAUACAUGUAGGUGUCUGCACUUACUUUUAAAGUAUUUAUACAUAUUUUAUUAAAUAUAGGUCAAAAAGGGAACAUGUUUGUACUUGUUAUUAUAAUUACUUGCCAAGGAACAUUGCUUUCCCUGUACAACUAACAAGUUAAAUACUGGCCAGAUGGGGAAAAUGGUAUUUAAUGUACAAAUACUUGUAGAUGUCUGGAUAUAAAAUACUGUGUGGAACAUAAGAUAAAGAUUCUGUGCCAAUAAGAUCAGUAAACUACUAAAGAAAACAUUAGUUUCCAUAGAUAAACUAAAACUACCAAAAUUUCAUUUUCUGAAGAUAAACAUAUAAGCUACUUUGUUCAUUGUGUGUGCAUGUGUAUAUAGUCUAAAAGAUUUGUUGUUAUAAUAUGUAAACAUUAAAAUGUUUGGUGUACAGUUACAAGUACAUAAUAAUUUAGAGCUUUUAUUUGUUUGUGUAUACAUGUACCUAUAGAGAUCAUAAAGAACGAAGUAUAAAACUGAAAGGUGUCACAAAUGUUUUUACAUCAAGGAUUUUUUCAGUGAAAAAUACGUGAUCUACAGCUGAAAAAUGUGUAGUUGAAAGUUUAAUCAUUUUACAACAUAUGAGUUUAAUAUGUAGAAGUGACUAUUUUUACUGUCUUGAAUACAAUUUAGUUAUCUGUUUUUUGAUAUCUAUUACAAAAAAAUGUAUAGAUUAUUUAAAUAAAGAAUACAAAUACUGUAAAUAAGUAACCCUUCCUUUAGUAUAGCAAAGGAUUUUUAAUCUUUGAUGCACUAUUUUCGUUUGUACAUUAUUGAACACAGUUAUGGCACACAUUCUGUGACUACCAACAUAACUCAACAUAACUUUUGUCAUACAUGAUUUUUCACUCUUGAGACAGUGAAUUAAUUGUAGAAAACACAGUACUUUUUAUUACCCUAGUAAUAACAGUGAAAAUAAGAGUAAAUAUUAUGUUUUUCCAUAAUACAGAAAAUUAAUCAGUGUUUCAAAAUAAAAACUUAUUCAUUUAAAAUAUUAAUUUUGUAAAAAGUAUGCUAAGGUCAAGGUUCAUGUAACAACUAAUAUAAUUAUUCCUUAUUAUUCAAAUAACAUUGCAAAACUAAAUUUUCAUAAAUAAUGUAAUUAAUCACAAUUUAAACCAUACAAUAUACUGUUAUUAUUGAAUUUUGUGAAUAAACAAUGAAAUUAUAUAAGCUGACUAA